CGGGGUAACUCCACCCCUUGGAAAGCCUGCCUUUAGGCUGGGGAUGCGCGCGCACUCUGGACUCGUUGCCCGGAAGUGAGCGUUGGGAUGUCUGUCGGCGUGUGAGGAUCUUUGCUUUUGAGCUGGAACCGAGAAUCUAGACUUCCUUUUGAGAAGCUCUAAAAUUGUUCAGAGGGAGAAGAAUUUGAGUUCAAAAUCUCAGACCUCUUUUUCCAAGGGUGAAGUAGCUUUUUAAGCCAUAUGAUGCCUACAGCCUUGGGGUCCCCGAUUCUUACAUCUCCAUUGAUGAAGCUAGAGGACGAUUCUCUAUCUGGACGUGAUUUUGCCCUGAGAGGGGACAACCCUGAGACAGCUCGACAACACUUCAGGCAAUUUCACUACCAGUUGAUGUCUGGGCCCCAUGAAACUAUGAGACAACUCAGGAAGCUCUGCUUUGGGUGGCUUAGGCCAGAGAUUCACUCAAAGGAGGAGAUCUUGGAAAUGCUGAUGCUGGAACAGUUCCUAACCAUCUUACCUGGGGAGAUACAAACCUGGGUGCGGAAGCAGUGUCCAGAGAGUGGAGAAGAAGCAGUGACACUGGUAGAAGGCUUACAGAAAGACCCUGGGAGAUUGUGGCAUUGGAUCAAAGUCCAAGUGCUUGGACAGGAAGCUCUUUCAGAGGAAAUGGAAUCACCAGGUAUUCCAGUGGAACCUCAUGCUAAAGUAAUACUUCAGGAAGAAGGCACACAGAAUUCACACUCAUCACAGGAGGAGCAGUUGAACCACAGCAUCAAAGAGGAGUCUGAAAACUCACUGGAGUUUGGCUUGCCAAUUUCCCAGCUUCCUACUCUUCCUGAAGGAAGGCAUACCAGAGACAAAGAUGAGGCAGCCUCACUUUAUGUGUCUGGAUCUCAGGAGCAGUGGCAGUGCCUGAAUCACACUCAGAAAGAGCUUUACUGGGAUGCUAUGCUGGAGGAUUAUGGGAAAGUGGUAUCACUAGGAAUUCCUAAACCAAAUCCUACUAACCUGGUAGGUGGAAGGGAAGAGCCUGAUAGAUCACAUUCUCAUGCAGAUGAAGAGAUACCAAGAAGCAUUUGCAUAGGAGAUAAGCGGGAGAAUGACAAAGAGAAUCUUCACUUGGAAAAUAAAAGAGGCCAGGAAUCUCAAAGGAUCUCUUCCUGGAAAGCUUCAGAAAAGGAACCUUCACCGGCCCUCUUGAAUGAAUUCAUUGAGGAUGAUCUAAGAAGCUCUGGAGUAAGACAAGAUCUUGUUAUCCAAGAGAAUCCUCAGGAUAGAGUAAAGGCAGGGAAAAGCCUUCCUUUGGAAAGGAGUUUAGGGAAACUCCUAGGUCAACAUUUGUCUAGUCCAGUGGAACAAGACUCUCAGCGGAGAGAAGAGAAGAAAGAGGUCUGCCAGAAAGGCCAGCUGCGAGCCCUUGCGGGACAGAAGUAUAAUGUUACAGAUAGAUGUAGUGACUGUGGGAAAAGCUUUGCUCAGAAAUCUCAACUUGUCAUCCACCAAAGAAUUCACACUGGAGAGAGACACUAUCAGUGUUCUACUUGUCAAAAAAGCUUCAGUAGGAGCUCAGACCUUAGGAAACAUCAAAGAAUCCACACAGGGGAGAAACCCUAUAAAUGCGAUUAUUGUGGCAAAGGCUUUAGUGAUUUCUCAGGAUUACGCCAUCAUCGAAGAACGCACACAGGAGAGAAACCAUACAAAUGUUCUAUCUGUGGGAAAAGUUUUAUUCAGAGGUCAAAUUUUAAGAGACAUCAGAGAGUUCACACAGGAGAGAAACCUUUUAAAUGUUCUUGCUGUGGGAAAUGUUUCAGUUGGAGCUCAAGUCUCGAUAAACAUCAAAGAUCUCACACUGGAGAAAAGUCUUUUAAGUAAUCUAAGAGAUACUAAGAAUCAGUAGAGAAAUCCCAUCUCUAGGCCAUUAAAUUCCUUGGUAUAGAGAGAUACUUCAGAAGGAAUUAUAACCAUUAAUGGAUAUUGUUAUUCUUGGAAGUCAUUUCCUUCUGAUUGGAUUAAAGGGGAGGGGCUAGAGCCUUUUUUAUCAGCCUAAACAUAGAUAAUGUGGCUCCAGACUGGGUGUCAGGCUUUGCUUGGAUUGCAUUUUCCAUAAUGGGAACAAGACUAAGGACCUCAUUCCCCAACUCAACCUCCCUGCUUCUUAAUUCACUGGAAUUUGAAAAGUCACACAAUUAACCAAGAUCAUUUUUCAUGGGUUUAGCUACAACCUCAUAUCCUCAUUCUUUCUUUGUCUCAUCCUCUGAGAUGGCAGGAAUGAUGGUGGCACUCUGAAGGCCACUUUCAGGUAUACAGGUGGGCCUACACACUAUCAUGUGGAAUUUAAAGUGGUGAAAGGGUAUCUAGGUGUUCUGCUUUACCAAGGCAAAGGGAGAAAAUGCUGAAGGGAUGGAGGACUCAGGAAUUCCCUAUAUUCAAGUGGGAGUAGAUCCUCCAAGGAGAAGGAAAAAAUUAUCCAUGAAUGAGAAUGAAGUAAAGAACUAGGCAUCAGAUACUGGGGAGGGGAGGGAGCAAGUAAGUGCGGUCAGCUCAGCAGAAUUUAUAGAUUUGAAAUACUCUUUAAGUAGUUUUUGGUAGGGAAGUAGAAGGUGAAUUUUUUUCCAUCCUACUUUAAGUAGUAAACCCAUCAGGAAAACUGUUCUUGUUCAGGUUGCCCCUAGGCUGGUCUCCCUCUCCAAAGACAGUUUUUUCUCUUUGUGUUCCAAUUUAAUUGUGAGUGUAGAGAUCAAUUUUUAUAUUUCGCUUGUAUCCCCUAUUACACCAAGGCCAGUGCUUGUCAAUAAACAGUUAUUGUUGGUCUCCUUUGGUCUCACUAUAUUCACUUGUAUCAUUGCUAGUCUCAAAGUUUGGGGAAUAUACAGUCAACUAAAAAAUAGUAAAUUACAUUGUGUUGAAUUCAUGCUCUCCCUUCUGUCUACUCCCUUCCCAAUUCCCUUUUGUUCAGAUCACUGCCUUUGAGGAGUUUCUCAGGUGUUCUAGAAUGCUAACAGGACAUUUACCUAUAAAGGGCAUGAGAUAUCAUUAUUUCCAUUGAAAAGGACAGUUAAUUUGCUUAUAGUUUUACUCUUAUUACCCACCCAGUAUAGCCAGAAAUGUUUAAGGAGUUCAAGGAGAAGAGAAUAAAAUGAGUAAUGGUAUUCUAGAGACAAAGUUUUGUGAGUGUGGGUGAAUAAAUGGUCUGAAGCCUUAUUCCUCUGACCUUUAGAGCUAUCUGUCUCCCUGGACAGUAUUUCACUUUUCCUCAGCAGGGGAAAUGCUUUCACUUUAGCAACUGAGGUCACAAAUUCAAUCCUUAGAUCCAUUUUAAACACCUGCUUUCCUUUCUCACCUUAGCCUAUGACCAAAGCAAACUUCACUGUCAGCAUAGUCUAUUCC